AUGGGGGGAGACAUAAAUGCCUUGAAAGCAGCUAUUGUAGCUCUACAAAAUGAGGUAAAAGCGUUGUCAACAAAAAAUAACGAUACAAAGAUGUCUAAUAGCCAGUUUGAAGAUAUUGUACAAGAAGUGUCAGAAAGACAAAAUAGAAGAUGCAAUGUAAUCAUUUUUGGGCUGAAGGAGCAGAAUGGAGCGACAAAAGACGAUAAGGCAGUUUUAGAAAAGUCUGAAGUCGUUAAAGUCUUGACCCACAUCACACCUUCAAUUACGGUUACAAACAUUAGACGACUUGGCAAAUUUGAUGAAAAUAGGACAAUUGGAAGGCCCAUAAAAGUUACGCUUGCUAAUGUCGAACAGGCGUUUCAAGCUGAGCCUGAGUGA